UCAUUUCUGCCUCUCCGUCCACAAUCAGGUCCAAUCCCGGAGCCGGGUCCACGCAGCCCUGGAGUUGAGCAUCGAGGUGGAGAAACGUGCUGUUGCUACGUCGGUCUGAAGUGGACACUCUUGGAACACUUUUACGCACGCACUCUUACGCACUGGGACUUACGGGAUUUAAGGACAUAGUUUUGGCAGUAUAUGGAAUAAAAGCAAAUUCAAUAUGAUACUACAUAUAAAGCAGAUUCUGUGGAUAUAUUGUCUCUGUCAAGCAGCAACUGCAAGCAUUCCCAGCACACUAUCAAUCAUCAAGCCAGUCACCGGGUUCCUCUCUGGGAAGGUGAACCUUCCCUGCUUCUUCUCAACAAUUCCCACCUCUGCGCCAGUCAUCCCUCCAAAUGCUACCAUUCUUUAUUCCAAAGACUACUUACGCAUCAAAUGGACUAAAAUGGAGGGUGGGGUUGAGUCAACAGUGUUGGUGGCUCAAAACGGGGUCAUCAAGAUUGGCUCUGCAUACAGGAACCGGGUAUCGGUACCCAGUCACCCUGAGGAUGUGGGGGAUGCAUCAUUGACCAUGGUGAAGCUCCGUGCUAGUGAUGCAGGCACGUAUCGCUGUGAGGUCAUGUACGGAAUUGAAGACACUCAGGACACAGUUAACCUCGAUGUGAAUGGUGUCGUCUUUCACUACCGUGCCAAAACCAGCAGGUACACGUUGGACUACCAGGAGGCUGUCGAGGCCUGCCAAAAGAACGGAGCAACCAUUGCCACAUACGACCAGUUGAAAGCAGCGUACGAGGAUGGUUUUGAUCAGUGUGACGCUGGAUGGGUUGCUGACCAGACAGUUAGAUACCCAAUUAUAAACCCCAGGAAGGGCUGCUAUGGCAACCUUCUGUCAAAACCUGGGGUGAGAUCAUACGGAAUCAGGAAACCUACAGAGACCUAUGAUGUUUAUUGUUAUGUGGACAAACUUUAUGGCGAGGUGUUCUUCGCUCCCGUAAGCCAUAAAAUGACGUUUGACGAAGCAAAAGAAGAGUGUGAGAAGAGAAACAGCGAGCUAGCAUCUCCUGGUCAGCUUCAUGCCGCAUGGCGACAGGGUCUGGACCGGUGUGACUAUGGCUGGCUUUCAGAUGGCAGUGCCCGACAUCCCGUUGCUGUACCCAAACUUCAGUGCGGUGGAGGCCUGCUGGGGGUCAGGACCAUGUAUCGCUAUCGGAAUCAAAGUGGAUUCCCAGAACCAACAACUAAGCUUGGAGCUUACUGUUUUAAAGGAAGGAAACUGAUGAUCAACCAAACUUCUUUUGUGGAUUUGUCAGUGGCCACUACCACCAGUGACAACAUCACCUCCUCCACCACUACUUUACUAGAAAGUAGUGUGCCUACGGAAACCCAAACGUUGGAAACUGGAUCAGAUGCCGAAGCGGAAUCUGCAGUUCCUACAAAUCCUCCAUUUAUGUUUUCUACCAGUAUGGCUCCACCUCGACCCACUCCAGCAGAAGUAGAGGAAGAGUUAUUCACCACUGUGGCACCGACCAUCAUGGAAGAACAUGAAGACAUCGACGACCUGGCUCCAGUGGAUCCAGACUUUGAUGUUGAAGACUUCAUACAUGAAAAUGUAACCUAUGUUGAAUCUGUUCCCCAACGGGGCGACUCAUUACCUGAAGUCCACAUCACAACUGGAAGCACUGACACAACAGAAGCAAUUGAAGAGCCAAACGAUCAUUCUGUGAUUGAGAUCAGCACCAUUAAACCCGACAUAGUCCUACCAGAUGCAUCCCUCAGCACAGAGCCCAUGUUUGCUGAGGGGAAAACUGAAGAAACUAUUGUGGAUUCUGAAGCAAAAGAAUCAACUGAUGGGACGGCAUCAAUUGAUUUAACAAACACCUUUCCACUCUAUGACGAUGACACUGAUGAGAUGGAGACAGAUGUACUAGUAGAAGCACUGCCGCCCAUACAGCCAACAUCACGCGACCUCUUACUCAGCACAGAUGAAACAGACACCCCUGCCACCACUGACAUGCCAACCAGCACCACCACCUUUAUGUGUAACACUCAGCCUGGCGGAGAAGUGGACAUCGCCACAAUCACCCACAAGCCACUGGGAACAGCUACACAGGACAUCAUAACACCGGAGGAAACUCUUUCAGCAUCUGGGACGGGUGCUCCCAUUCUCAUCGAUGUCAGUGUGACAUCACAACAGGAUAUGUUACCGAGUGUCUUUGAUCAGUCCACCGCUCAGGUUUUGGAACAAAGCAGUGAUGCUCUCACGACAACAGACAUUGAUGCUGAGUUCUUCACAUCCGCUCCAAUGAUUUCAGCAGCAGGCAGUACCAACAGCACCAUCGCCCUGGAAAAAAUGGUCACAGAGCAGAACACACCAGUUGACAAGGUCCUUCAGUCACAAGACCCUCAUUCUCCUGCCAUACCGGUAAUGACUGAUCAUCCCACUCCAUUUGUGGUAGAUGGUGAGCCCACCCUGCACAGUGGAAAUCCAGACUCGUCGCCUGCCAGUGUAACUGUCGCUCCAGUUGUAAGUUUUAUUAAUGGCAAACAUGAGAUCACGCUCAAUCCGCUGGGCCCCGAGGACAAAGAAGCCAAAGGUACCCGUAUCAUGACAAAUGUGACAACUUUCGAAGAGAGUCAAGAAAUAACUACAGUGUUUGAAAAUGAAUGGCCCGACCUAACUGUCAAUCACGUCACUGAAUCAACAGAUGGAAUCCUCUCAGGCAUAAAAACACUGAACCUGGAUGAGCCAGACUAUGAUUUUAUUCCAAUAGUUGAAACAAAAUCUCCUCAAAUUUUCCCUGAACAUGAAGCUGUAAUGACAACCACUGAGGGGAUGUGGGAUGUGACAAUUACUUCUGCUCAUAUGCUUCCGAGUGUAUCAACAGCUGAGCCACACAUGACAAAUAAAGCAGAGCACACCCAAACAAUGAUAACAGAUAAAGAAACCUCCAAUGUCAUCACCAUCUCUGAACAAACGGAGAUUGGCAAGUCAGAGGGGACGCCCACUACUAUGGAGAGUGACUCACAAGCGAGUCAAACAAUAAAGGUGGAGGGUCGAUCCCCAUACCCUUCUGCAGCUGAAAUUCACACAGACAGACAGACCACAGUGGAGGAAAUAAAAAGCACCUAUACCCCUCAAGCUCCUGAAGACUCCUCUCAAGAUACUCCACAGUCUCUGUACCAAUCCUCGACUAAUGAUGCUAAUUGGAAAACAACAACAAGAAAUCACUCAGAGAGCUCCACUCAAGAUGGAGAGAAAAAGAAGGAAGUCCAUACAGAUGAGGGAUUUGUCUCCAGCACAACAGUUCCCACAUUAUUAAGGACUUCAGAGUUCCCUGAAGGGACUUCCAAGGCUGAGUUAACACCUGAUGGGGAUGUUGAAUUGUUGUCAUCAACCUCUACCACAUCUGAGCCUUCAGUGGGUACAGAGACAAGUCAAGUAGGUGAAACAGGUAAUCUGACUGAUGGGCCAUUGAUUGAUGAACAGGGCUCGGGGGAUCAAACUUUAGAAGGUUUGACAAUCAGACUACCCUCACAUACCUUCUCAGGAUUUGUGACAUCUUCCUCAGGUUUACGAACUACACAAUCAGAACAUUCUACUCAUCAGAGUAAAGUAGAUGCAAGCAUGUAUACUGAGAGUCCAUCUCCUCCAUCUCAUGAAUCCAUUACAAUCACCACUUCACCUUUAUACAGUACAACUGACGUUAACAAAACAACAAUAGCAUCCCUCACUGAAUUUGUCAAUAAGUCCUCCCCCCAAAGUGCUUCCCAAACAAUUCCACUACAGAGCCAAAAAGUGUACACAAGUGAAGCAACUGCAGUGACAUCAACCUCUCCACUCUCUAGCACAUUGAAGCAUGAUGGAAAUAUUCCAAACGCAACUGUACGAACCACCAGUGACACUAAAGAUCAUGUUCAACCAUCAACGGCAACCCCAGACACAAAGUCCUUCCAUCCUUUUGAGCAAGACACAGCAAAUCAAACAUUUGCUAUGACAUCAAUAGAAAAUGCAGUGACCCCGAGCAUGGAACAAGUAGUAACAAUGGCAAGACAACAUGAAACUAUUCAAACUGUGGCUACCUCUAUGACUGAAAAGGCAGACACAAGCUCUGGAAGUUACAUAGUCACAUCUCCAGUGUCUAACACAGAGGAUCAUACAACAUUAUACAAAUGGUCAGAGAAGCCAUCAGAGACAGUUACAACCACAGAGAUAUUUCCAACAGAAGAACCUUCCUUGGAACAUGAUGCUUCCACAGUUCACACAGUGAAUGCAAAUGAUCUUUUCACAUCAUCUGACGUCGAUGGGUCUGGAGAGGAACUUGGGGAAAUGUCCACACAAUUUAAACCAAGUACAGUUUUUACUUAUAGCACAGCAGCCACAGACAGAAUUGAUAUCUAUGCCACUAAAAUGACCACAGAAGAUUAUCCACAGAGGAGUAUUUUCUCUACUGUUUCAAAAACAAGGGAUACAGUUUCUUCAUCCACACUUGAAGAGGAACUCUUGAAGACAGAAGAACCAUCAGUCCUGACUCCUGUUUCUGAUUAUGAUGAUAUGAUAAGCAAUGAGACAACGAUGAUCGAAUCGGUUCCUCCCGUUAGUGGAUCAACCAUCAAACCUGGUACACAAUCAUUUGUCACUACCACAAACACAGAAACCUCCAGAGAUAACAUUGAUGUAUCUACCAAAGAAUCAAACAUUUUACCAGUGUUUAGUACGGAGACACCAGCAGUAACAGCAUCACAUCAAGAUGGAACAUAUGACAUUUCUGCCUCUUCUACAUCACCCCUAAAUACUGAAAGAACAACUUCAGGAAGUUUGGAAAUACAGGUGACUGGUGAAGUAUCCAUGUUCCCGGGGGGAAUCUCUACUUUGCCAACAUCUGAUGAAAAAAGUUCAGUUGAUCAAACCCAGGCAGCGUCUUCUAUAUUGUCCUUGUUGUUUAGUACCAAUACAUCUCCAGAGCUGGAUGCUGAGAAAACGGAAAUGUCCAUCACAGAGCCAACAGUUUCAUUCACUGAAGAUGAAGUGAGCAGUGUGCGUACGAUGGAUACAUCCGUUCCUUCAUUAAGUGGAUCAACAAGCCAACCGCAACUGGUAUCAUUCUUCACUACCACAUCCACAGAAAGUUCCGGAGACAGCACAGAUGAGUUUACUGAAGAGCCACAAAGCAAAACAACCGUUUCUUCAAUAUUUAGUACAGAAACACCGUUAUUGACAACAUCAUACAAAGAUGGCACAAAUCCCAUUCCAAGAACAUCAGUUACUACUGCCACAUCCCUUUAUACCACUGAGAAACCAAAUCCAAUGUCUCCCAAAAUGCAAACAUUCAGUACAAAGACUAAUGAAGUAGUAUUACCAACCAAGAAUCAGGUUCUGAACCCAACCGAUCAAGACAGUUCAGGAGGCGAAACCAAGGAAACAAUGUCUUCUGUCACUGCUGCUUCUACUCCCUACACCACCGAGGCACUAACAGCAGAGGCCGCAUCAUCAUCAACACCACCAGAGACAAGAUCUGCUACUGAGAUGCCCACAAGAGUCAUUCCAUCCUCAGAGGGUUCCUCAUUUUUUAUCACAGAAAAACCAACAGAGCUGCUGGUCGAUGAUGUGACAAACUCCUCUACAGUUGUAGAUAUUGUGGAUGAAGGUAUGCUCAGUGAGAUUAUGAUGGUCGAAUCUGUUCCCUCACUCAGUGGACCAACCAUCAAACCUGAAAUUGCAUCAUUUUACACCACAUUAGAAACAGAAAGUUCUGGAGACAUAAUUGAUGAGUUUACUGGGGAGUCAAACAUCACAAGACCAACUGUUUCUUCAGUGUUUAGUACAGACACACCAGCAGUGACAGCUUCACAUAAAGAUGGAACAAGUGAAACAUCAGAAAUGAGAGUUACUGCAACGCCAUCCCUGUACAGUAAUAACAUGAAUUCUACUAAUGUCCCAGAAUAUCAAUCUGGUUCCGGUCAUCAAACUCCAGAUGGAUCUUCUGUGAUCACGGUAUCUACUCUCCACAGCACUGAGGCACCAAAAGCAGAAUUUCCAAAUGUAUCAUCUGCAUCUGUCAUUGGCUCAAGCAUGACACCUGACACUAAAUCAUUAUCAGUCAGUACGAUGUUCUCCGAAAGUUCUGGAGAUGAGCUCACUGGAGAGUCAUUCAUUUCAGCAACAACUUAUUCUUCAGUGUUUAACACUGACACCGCAACAAUGACAACAUCACAUGAAAUGCCAACAGAGGUCCUUGCACACACAAAUCAGACUGGCGACUCAUUAGAAACACCUGGAAACAGUUCAGCUUUCCCAGACACAGAGGGACAACAUUCAGGAGAACAAAUGACUCCAACAGCUUCCUCAAUUUUAAGAACAGUAAAAACAACGGAACUUCCCCUUCAGGAUAAAGAGAAAGGUUCAUCCUUAUACAACACUGGUUUCCCACAAGACAUGUUGCAUCAAACAACAGAAAACAACAUAUCAUCAGUUACACAAGAACCUUCAGUUUUCAUGAGCUCUGAUGUGACAACACCAAUAUCAGCAUCUCCAACUGCUUCUCCUACUGUAUCAUCUGCUAUUUCAGAUAUUGAGGAUGAAGUUAUAACCAGUGGUAUGAUGGCUGAGCUCCCAUCUUCCUCCAGGGGGCCAACUAUGAGGCCUGGAGUCCCAUCAUUCUUUAGUACCACAGAUGCAGAAAGUUCUGGAGAUGGCAAUGGUGAAUUUAGUAAUGAGUCAAAAAUCAUAACUCCUUCUGUUUCUUCAUUGUUUAGUACAAAGACCCCAGCACUGACAGCCUCCCGGAUUGAUGUAACAAAAAACAAUUUAAAGACACCCCUUACUACUUUGUCAUCCCUCUACAGUACUGACUCAAAUCAAGUGUUUACUGAAAUGCAAGCAACUUUAAUUCCAGCUAAGACUGAGGAAACAUCAGUUGUGAUUUCAGUAGAUGAAGGUGGUUCAAGUGAACAGACCCAAGACACAUUAAUUCAGUCAUCUCAAAGUGUUACGUCUACUCUCUCCACCAUUGGAGCACCAACAACAGGAUAUCAUGUGAGAUUAUCAACUGCUCCAGAGACUAAAGUUGGGAACACUGAGUUAAUCCCAUCCCACACUGGAUCAAAUGUUUCAUCUGAAACAGAAUCAUUGUCAUUUGUCAGUACGACUCCCACAGAAGGUUCGGGAGACAUCACUGUUAAUCCAAUGACUGAUAUGCCCAUGGAUGUCACUGCAUCUCAAGCAGUUUCCCUCACAAUGCACAAAGGAACAGAUACCGACAACAACAAGACACAAACAACAACACAAGUGCCUCUCGAGGAAAACAAGACAACAGGUUCAUCUUUAUUAUACAGAAUCGAGUCAACAGAAACAUUGUCGAAAAAGACCACAGAAAGCCUUGAAACAAAAUUCCCAUCUGUUACUGCAGAUCCUUCAGUUUCUCAACACUCACUAUUUACAUCUCCAAAGGUUUCUCCUUCCUUGCCAUUUACCAAUUCAGACAGUGAUGAUGGUAUUAUGGGCAGUGAAAAUAUGAGGGUCGAGUCAGCCCCUUCUUACGAUGGAGUAACCCUCAUACCUGGAACGGCAACAUUCUUUACAACCACAGAGACAGAAAGUUCUGGAGAUAUCAUUGACCAUAGUACUACAGAGCCAAACAUCAAAACAACCAAAACUUCAGCUGUGACAACAUCACAUAAAGAUGAACAUAAAGAUGUAACAAUUUAUACUUCAAAAUCGUCAGCGACUGCUACUGCCAUGCAAACAUCAUUAAGUACAGCUAAGACCGAGAAAGCGAUGUUGACAACAGGGGCAACUUCUAUUCAGACCCCAGCAGAUCAAGACGAUUCAAGUGACCAAAUCCCAGACAUCUUCAUUCAGACAUCUUCUGUCAUUACUGCUACUCCCUCUUUCACUGAAGAGCAAACAUCAGGACUUCCUAUUGUCCCAUCAAGUGUCACAACAAUUGAGAUUACAAAUGUGAGAACUGAGUCGAUUCCAUCUGUCAUUGGGUCAAGUAUAACACCUGCAGAAGAAUCAUUAUCAUUUGCGAGUGUCACUUUUACGGAAAGUUCUGGAGACACAGUUGAUCUCACUGGAGAGUCAUUCAUUUUAGCCACUACUUCCUCUUCUGACAUCCCAGCUGUGACAUAUCAGGAAAUACCUCCUAAGCAAACAAGUCAGACCAAUGACUGGUCAGUCACACCAGAAACGGCCUUGUUUAGCACAGUGAAUGGAACAAAACUGCCACUUGAUGAAAAGGACACUGUUGCCUCAGGAUACUCCCAAUACAACACUGAAUCAAUGCCACAUGAAACAACAAGCCAUGAAAUAAAAAUGGCAUCAGUUACAGAAAACCAGUCUGUGGCAUCUGUCCCAAUGAGCACAACAAUGUCUCCAUCUACUACAUACUCCACUCCUUCAGACAUGGAUGGGAUUCUGAGCAGUGACACUACAAUGGCUGAGUCUGUUCCUUCCAUCAGUUUAUCAACCAUCCAACCUGGAAUUUCAUCAGUUUUAAAUAGCAUAGACACAGAUGGUUCUGGAGAUGGUACUGGCUUCAGUGGAGAACCAACAACUACUUAUUCAGUGUUUCCUACAGAGACACUGGAAAUAACAGCAUCAUAUGAAGAUGAAACAAACACUUCAGGUGCCGCAGUUUCAUCUCCCGAAAGUACUGAGGCAUCAACAAAAGAACCCCCUGCUGUAUUUUCUACUGUACCAGUAAUUGAGGUUAGCACAGAGUCACUUUUAUCUUUCACUGGAUCAGUUAUGACACCAGAUACAGAUUCAUUAGUCAGCACGAAUGAAGGUUCCGGAGCGCUCUUUGAUGUUACUGAAGAGUCAUCCAUUUCAGCCACAACUUACUCUUCAGUCUUUAUCACUGACAUCCCGGCAGUGACAGCAGCACCACCAUCAGCACAGGGGACAAUUCCAACAUUCCCAGAAAUGGAAGAAGAGAGCUCAGGUGAAGAAAAAACACCACCAUCCUCAUUGUUCAGCACAGAAAAACCAACAGAACAACCACUUGAAGAAAACAAAAUUGUUCCCAAAGGUUCAGACUUGUACAGCACUGACUCCCCAGAGGGAACGUCAACAACAGAAAGCCACAAAACUAAGUUUUCAUCAGUCACUCCUAUCACCACGACAGACACAUACAGUUCAGGAGAUAUUAGUGAUGAGUUUACUGUGGAGCCAAAUCUCGUCAGACCUACUGUUUCUUCAUUGUUUAGUACAAAGACACCAGCGGUAACAGCAGCAUAUGGUAGUGGAACUAGUGACUUUUCAAAGACAUUUGUUACAGCUGCAUCAUCUCUGUAUAGUACAGAGAAACCAACUACAGUUGCAUCUACUCUUUCAGAAUAUGAGGGCAUUGAUGAAAACAUUAGUAGUGACACCAUAAUGGUUGAGUCUGUUCCUUCCCACAGUGGAUCAACUAUCAAACCUGGAAUGCCACCAUACUUUACUAUUCCAGACACUGAGAGUUCUGGAGACAGUACAGAUGAAUUCUUGAAGCAGGCAACAGUCACAACUCUUGCAUCAAUGUUCAGUACUGAGAUACCAGCAUCGACAGCUUCACAGGAUAAUGAAACGAGUGCUGUUUCCAAAACACCAAUAAGUGUGUCAUCCAUCUACAGUACCGAUGAACCCAAUUCAGUCUCUUCUGAAAUACCAAAGUCUGUGACUUCAGCUCAGAUAAAUGGACUAAUGUACACAAGUGGGACAAGCCUUUUCCCAACCUCAAGUGAUCAUGAAGGGUCGGGUGAUGAAACCCCAGAUCCUUUUGAACAAACAUCUUCCCCAUCAACGUCUGUGAUCCCCAUCACUGAGACAGCUGAAGUUGUAGAAAGUGACCAAGCAACCAAACCCAUGAUGUCUUUAUACUCAAACGAACCAACUGCCACUGCUAUUUCUUUGGAAAAAAGUUCUACUACAGAAUCUUUACUUACAACACCUGUUUUGUCAUUCCCUCUUUCGGAAAUUGAGAGUGACAUUAGUAGCCAGACCCACACUGUGGAAUCCAUUCCUUCUCUCAGUGGAACAACCAUUGAAUCUGAAAUCAUUCAAGAUAUUGACAGCUCUGGUGACCAUACUUUGGACUAUUCUAAAUUCCAAUCACGUGAAACAACCGCUGUCUCAUUCAUGUCCAGCACACCUGAACCAGUAACUGUAGUGUCUAUCCCACACAGCACAGAAAAACCAACGUCAAUGUCAACUGAAACAGAAGAAAACGUUAACACAAGUAAUAAAGAAAAAACAAUAACUGCAUUUGAAUCAACUACAGAGGCCAAGAUAAUCUCAGAUGUUUCGAUCAAGGAGAAUGUUGUCAUGAUAAGCUCUGCUACUUCACUCAGCCCUGAGAAACAACCACCAGAGUCAAGGAUGCACACCUCUGAUCAUAUGGAAGGCUCUACUGAAGCAACUCGUAGGUCUUAUGUGUCCAGCAUGUCUGCAUUGCAAGGAACCACUGCUGCAACACUUCUACAGUCAACAGUCACACAAGCUCAAAAACUACAGAGCACUGCAAAAUCUUCAGUUAUUCCAAUCAUAAAUGAAUUUGAUGCAAAUUCUGCAGUUAUUCUGACAGAACAUGACAAUUUAAAUAAACAAACAACUGAAAUGUUAACAGAGGCAUCAUCUAGCUUGCCUUUUUUGCCAACGACAGACAGUAUAAUGGAACACAGUGGCCACUUUGCUAUUGUGAUUGGAACCUCACAGGAAACAGCCACAAAGUCUCCAAUCUCCCUUAAGCCUUCCAUUCAAAUCAUUGAUGACACGGAGCGUAUUGAUGAAAACUCAGAUUUUACCAAAGCCACUGGACAAACAUCGACAACCAUCUCUUCGUUGUUUAAUACAGCAAAACCAGCGCUAUCAACAACAUUCCAUGCAACAAGUGGACGUGACAGCUCAGAAUCUACAGAGUCUUCUCAAGAUAUCACUGAUAGCCCACUUUUACUUUCUACACAAGGAGAAGAAAAACCCACAGUAACUCCUGAAACAUCAUCUGUGACCAUCUCCACUGCAAUCACAGAUGAACCUCCAUCUCGCCCUACUGUUAAUAUUGCAUCAACAUCUGUAUACAGCAGAAUGAAAGAUGCAGUUACAGGUUCCAACACAGAUGUUACCAAUGUUGACGAGGGCUCUGGAGUGCCACACUUUACUUUUGCCAGCACUGAGCACCCAGCAGUUUCAAAACACAGCAUCAAAACGGACAGUGAUUCACUAGAAUCUGUUCCUCCCACAAGAACAUCAAGCACAGUUUUCGUCCCAGACUCAAUAUUCACAGAUGAAGGUUCAGGUCAUUUACCUAGUGCUCAGGUUACAACCAUGAUCAGCACAGAGGAACCCAAAUCAUCAAUUUCCUCUGCUGAGGUUAAUACUGAAAAGAUACCAAGCCAAUUUCCUACAGGAUCUGUAAUGUUUACAACAACACCAUCACCUGAAACCCAAACAAAUACCGUUUUAAAACCUCAAGUCACCUUAGUGUCUUCUCUGUUCAGUACUGAGAAACCAACAUCGAUGCCCUCAUUUGAAAGUAAAAACACACCACCGGUAUCUUCUGCAACAGAAGAAAGUCAGAGUUCUGGUAGCUCAGAAGAUGCCAUAUCUGCUGGCACAAUUGCAACCCCCCUAGAAAAACCAAAGGAAGAAUUAUCUGUUGAGAAAACAACCUUGGCAAGACCCACCUUCAGGCCAUCAAUCACAUAUGCACAGGCUGAAGAAGAAAGUUCAGGUGAUUCCCGUAUAUUUGAAGGAACUCAUCUCACGGUAACCCCCAGCUUCACUGUGUUCACCACAAAAGAAACCUUUACUUAUGAUGAUAUGGAGUUUUCUGGGCUUUCACCUGAGGACGACUUAGAGACAAGUUCAGAUGGUUCAGGAGACAAUAUACCCAUUGAUACAACAGAUGAGACGGAAACUGACACGAGUGCAUCUGAUUUGUUAACACAACCAAGCAAACAGCCCACUGAGGAAUUUGUGUCAUCGACCAAAUCUCCAAGUACCACAAGUGAUGAGAUUUACUUUACUGACCAAGGAAGUGGUGUCUUCACUGAUGAUUCCACUACAGAUGAAGAGAGUUCUGGUAAUGACGAUUUUGGCAUGUCAACAACAUCUCUGCCAAUAGCAACAUCCUCAGUGAUUGACACGACUGUAACGUCCACAGAUCAAAUCACUCUUUCACCCAGUGCUGUUACUGAGCACAGUUCCGAUGAGUACACUGACACUGAACCUGAAAGCAAUGCACCUUCUUCCUUGUACAGCACCGUGAGUGCAACAGUGUUUUCACCUGAGACGCAAACAAGAUCGGAGAACAAGGAAGAGGAUGGCUCAGGUGAACAUUCCAAAAAUGUGCUCACAGAUGCUUGGAGUACUCUGUCCUCAAAGACAGUAUCUCAUGAAAUUACAUCUCCUGAAAAUGAAACAAUUACAGUACCUUCUGAGACCCCGUUAACAGCAACUCCUGGGACUGCAGCAUCUUCUCUCUUUAGCACAGUGAAGCCAAAUUUAACAUCACAUGUGGUGUCUUCUGCCCAAUCAGUUGUUACAUCGGAAACUGAAGAAUCAUCGUUAUAUUUCACAUCGGUAGAAAAGGAGAGUUCUGGUGACCAAACCACAAAGAAUUUCACUGUCAAUCCAUUUGUAAUGCCUGUGACAGGAGAGACAACGGGUGAAAUCAUUUAUUCGGCUACUUCAACCACGGAUGAGAUUUCCUCUCGAGAGAUGGAAUUUACUCCCAACACCCCUGAGAUGACACAUGCUCCCAUUUCUAGCACUAGUUCUGAUGUAAUAACUGUGGCCGAGGAUGCAACACAAUCAGUCUUGACAACUCCCCUCCCCCAUUCCAUUGAUGCUGAUAGUGCAAGAAGCCUCACCACAAUGAUCCCUAGCACUGAACACCAUGACUUCACAAAUUUGCCAACCCCAAGUCCUUCAGUUGUAUAUCACAGCAUUACAGACCAACGGGUUGAUAUCGUUACUCCUAGCAGCCAUGCCAAGACUGACCUAAAAGAACAAACACCUACCAUGGUCCUGCAUCUGUCAAAAUCGUCAACCAGCCAGCCAAUUAUUUUUACCGAAGAUGCAAAAGAUGAAGACAAACUGUUUGCUUCAGUUACACAAAGUACACAAGAAGGAAGUUCUUCUCCAGAGCUCAUCACCAGCACAGAUAUCAUUAUUGAUGCAGAUACCAUUUCCAUUGUCGCCUCUUCGCCAUUUAACCCAACUAUCCAGACAGAAGAGGCUGGUGGCAUCACUGCAAUUACAAUGACACAAUACUUGCAGAUGACAGAAGAACCAGAGGGUUCAGGAAGAGAUGCCUUCGACUUUGUCACUCCUACACAUGUAACUUUACGUGCAUCAGCUGCCUCGGACACUUCUGAAUAUUCCCCAUCCAUGACAGAUACUACAGAAACAGCCACCAAACACACUGAAACAUCAUUAUCUCAAACCAGCAUGACACCACAUUCAGAUCCCAAGCAGGUGGCUGAUGACAACUUAACCUCACCGACAGCCAUUGCAAUGACAAGUUCUGAUGUGAGUUCAUUGUCACAAGUCUCUGGAUUCUCAGUCACUGCUGUACCACACACAUCAGUGUCUACUGAGCCUGCUUCAAUAAAACCAACCAGUCAAGCACCUCAGGAAGAGUCAUCAAGUAUGUAUGAUUCAGAUGAAGGCUCUGCAGUUGAACAUCUGAUUAGUUCUGAAACAACAGCAUCAACAUCUUCUGGAUGGACAUGGACAGCAUCACCAGCUGUGUCAUUGUUGAGCACGUAUAACCCUGAAACUAUUGGUGAAACCGCCACAGAUGAAAGUGUAAAAACUGAUUUAUCAUAUCCCGUUAGUACAGUGGCACCAACAGCCACUAUUGUACAAGAUGUUACUGACAUCUCGGUUAAGGAAAGAUUGACUAUUUCAACUGUGAAGCCUCAAACAAUAUCAUUUGCAGAUUCUUCACAUGAGCUUGAGAGCAUGGAAACGGAAAUAGCAACCGAGAAGCCAUCUGUCACUUCAUUCACUGAUAUUACUGAAACACAACCACAUGACCGCACCUUUUUUUCAGAACCUUCACAUACAGCUACUGCUGCUUAUAGCAGAGAUAACACCUACCAGAGGUUCUCCACAACACUGGUAUAUCCUUUCAACGUGGAGGGCUCUGCUGAUCAGAUCUCAGAUAAAACAACAGCUUCCACGACCAAAGUAACAUUUGAGAGUGAAAACAAUGUGGCCAGUACAGAAUAUACUCUGUUCAGCACACAGAAUCUCAAGGAUGAAACUACAAAGUUGGAGGAGAUAACAUUAUCAGCAGCAGUUUCACUUCCCUCUGAUGGAAGAGUGUUGUUCCCAUCACAGAAUGACAGCACAAUAGACUUUGUCACUUCCUCAUUUUCAGAGGACUCUACAUCAACAGGACCUUCUGUAGAAAGCACCUCUAUUAUCCAAUUUGUUACCACUUUACUGAAUACUACGCCAUCCGAGAUUGACUUGCACCAGGCCAGGUCUGAGAUUACAUUCACUCGUCAUCCCAGUGUUGCUGAGACUAGUGUUGUCGACAGAACAAGCCCAAUGUUGCCCGUUGAGGGGUCAAGUCAAUAUUAUGAACCUAGUGGUGUGCCUCCACAGACUGGAGAAGAAGAUAAAAAUGCUGAAGCAUCAAGUCAUGGACCUUCAGUUACUGAUGUUUCAAAUACCUCAUCUCAUUCACAUGAAAUGGAGGAUACCAAAGCAACAAUCCCUCCUGAGGUUGAAUCAACAACAGUAGCUCCAGAAACUGUUCAAUCUGCAAAAUCAGAAGAUGAAACUUUUGAGACUGAUUCAUCUAUGAAUGUUCCAUUGGAAACAUCUCCCGAAAGUCCAACCAAACAAAGCCUCCAGGAAACAACUGAAUCAUUCUCCGCACAACCUGAGAUUACUCACUCAACAACAUUGUCAUCACUGCCAAGUACUUUGACUCCAAAUGUGGCUGCCAUUUUAAAUGUUAGUCAACAGUUUGGUUCUGGGGAGACUGUGACUCCAACUAGUGAAACGGAUACAUUUGAUGAAAGUUCAAGCUCUUCAGAAAGUGGGGAGAUGUCUGCAUCAACAGAGAUAAGUCUUCUCUCAUCAAAGGAAGAAGACGGUUCAGCGGUCACAAUAACAAGCGUCUUUGAUGCAGACCCAGCUAGUCCAACUAUGUCAUUCGGCACAUCAACACAGUCACUGUCAUCAUAUGAGGAAACAUCUGACCAGCUGUCUACCGAGACACCCAUGACAGAGACGUUUUCAACGCAGUCCCAUGAUGUGACAAGCACUGUUGUGGCGCAAGGCUUUAUGGAGUCAGGAUCGACAGAUAUCGAUAGUGAGACACAAUACAUGGACAUAACAAGCACACAGUACCCUGGUCUGACAGUGUCUAUGGACCCUAAAAAAGUGGCAACAACGGUACCUGUAGAACAUACCUCAGGUGAAAACAUCCUUUCUGAAACUAGUGAAACCUCCAUGACAGAGACAUAUACUGUUGAGACAAGUACUGUUGAGUUCCCUAAGACACCAAAUUCUUUUGACUCUGGUUUGACAGAUGUUGACAAUGAGGAGACACAAUACACUGACAUAACAAGCACACAGGACCCAAUUGGUUUGACAAGUUCUAGAGAAACAUCUACAGACCAUAAUGCAGUGGCUACAAGAAUGCCUGAAGAACAUAUUUCAGAUUAUUCUCUUCUUCCCGGAUCAGUGCCAUCACAGGAAAGUAUUUCAGUACAAUUUGUCACAACCUUUUCUCCACAACAAAACCCUACACCGCCCCAGGAAUCAUUAGAGCAAGCACGUUCAGAGGUUGCACUGACCCAUCGCCCUCACACAGAUAUCUUCUCUGAGGACGUAUCAACAACCAGUCCUAUGUUUACAAGUCAGUUCAGCGAAUCAAGGACCAUCAGUGCUGCUUCGAUUUCAGCUCUUGAGCCUGGGUCAGCCUCUGUAGAAAAGGCUACAAUUGAACCUACCGAUGAAGAAAUUUCAAGUGGUGAAAAGACCGAAACAGAAAUGACAACACAGUCUCCAGGUGACAACAUUUAUGAAAGUAUAAGUGAGGAGACCCCAGACUAUGAUGUAUCAAAUCCCAACAUAGUGGAGAGCAUUCCACAUGACAAUGACCGGACGAAACCAACCGAAGUACCAGUGCACACUACUAGUCAAGCUGCUAAGCCUUUUGACUCAGUAAGCAGUACCAAAAGUACUGCAAGCUCUGCAGAAGCUGAGAGUCUGUCUACAUAUUUAAUGACCACAACAAAGCCAAAAUCUGAUGAAAUCCAGACGGUCUUCAAGAUAGAUGCUACUACCACAUCUUCAAAGGUGGAGUCUGCUGAAGUUCAUCGCACUUCUGUGGAAGAGAAAGUUACAGAACUAACAGAAAGACCUUCGGGGCCGCUGAAAGACCAUAAAGAAUUCACAGUGACACCAGCUAAACAUCAAAGCCAGAACACAGUGACACCAACUCAGCCAUCAUUCUCUGGUAAUGAUGACAAACCGGACACUGACGUAACUACACGGUCAUCUCUGCCUGGAGGAGAAUCACCAAUCAAAGGGGAGGAUGCAACUUUGCCUCUUGAUACGGAUCUUGAUCACACCAUUUUGGGUGUGGCUGUUGAAAUUCCAGAAAUGAACUCUUGUACUGAAAACAUGUGUCUGAAUGGAGGAUCCUGUUACAUGAGUGGCAGCAUUCCUACAUGUAGCUGUGCACCUGGUUAUGGCGGUGAUCAUUGUGAUACGGACAUUGAUGAAUGCCAGUCCAGCCCUUGCCGCAAUGGUGGAUCGUGCAUUGAUGGAGUGGCUUGCUUCACAUGUGUUUGUUUACCAAGCUACUCUGGGCUGUUUUGUGAGGAGGACACAGAGACGUGUGAAUAUGGCUGGCACAAGUUUCAUGGCCAGUGCUACAAGUAUUUUCCCAGCAGAAGAAACUGGGACACAGCAGAGCGAGAAUGUCGCAUGCAUGGGGCUCACCUGACCAGCAUCCUUUCUCAUGAGGAGCAACAGUUUGUUAACCGUCUUGGACAGGACUACCAGUGGAUUGGCCUGAAUGAUAAGAUGUUUGAUAGUGACUUCCGAUGGACUGAUGGCAGCCCUACGCAUUAUGAAAACUGGAGGCCUCAGCAGCCCGACAGCUUCUUCUCUUCAGGAGAGGACUGUGUAGUGAUGAUCUGGCAUGAGGAUGGCCAGUGGAAUGAUGUUCCGUGCAACUACCACCUCACCUUCACUUGCAAGAAGGGCACAGUGGCAUGCAGCCAGCCCCCGAUGGUGGAGAAUGCACAGACCUUUGGUAGACAACGCGAUCGCUACGAGAUCAACUCACUGGUGAGGUACCAGUGCCGGAUGGGCUACAUUCAGAGGCACCUUCCGACUAUACGUUGUCGUGGGAACGGACACUGGGAUGCCCCUAAAAUCACCUGCGUUAACCCAUCCUACUACCAAAGAAGCUUCUUCAGAAAACAUCAACACAAAAGUCUGUACAGCAUCAACAACUUCAAACAAUGGCCAGGUCAGGCCUUCCAUCUCCACCAUCAGCGCUACAGGGUACAGAGAGAUAAGACUGAACACAAGCAGAAGAGGGUGUGAUUCCCAAUAUACUGUAUGUGGCUCUAGAACAAUUCAUUACUUGUGUGAGGGAAUAAAGGAACAAGCACAAGGGAAUACAAACAAUUCAAGAGGACUUCCAUUCUGGAUGGACUUUUAUGAAGUGCCUUUUAAAGAAGAUGACUUUUUGCAAUCAAGAGACACUGUUUUCUAAUAUCAAUGCCUGUGUGGAGUAUAAUUUCAGCUGGCUACUGGAAAAACGAAAAAGUACAAAUAUAUAUAUUUUUAAUACUGCUGGCUGUUACAUAACAAAUUAGUAUUCCGACUGUGCUAUUUAAAAAUCACCGGAAGUGUUCCUUAAAAAAAAGAUGAUGUGAAUUUAUAGCGCUUAUGUUAUGUAAAUGAAUUCUUUAUGUUGUCAAGCUGGAGGCAUCGGUGAUGAUCAUGCAAAAAUGUCUUCAAAUAAAAGGUACAUAUGUUAUUUUGGUAUUUUCUCAUCAUGUAAGUGUCUAUUUUGAAUCAAACCAAGCCGAGGCAGCUUACAAAAGAUGCCAACCUGAUCUCCAAUGCUCAUAUUUUUAAUGGUAAGAUUUCUAUAGAGAGGAUUUUUCAAAUUAAAUACGGUACAGUGCAUUCCAGAUGGAGAUGUUUCUCUCUGGAUGCACAGCACAAUAAAGACUUUAUCACCUAAUGCACAACUUUUUUUUUUUUUUUGCUAUGACAUGUUUACAAUAACCGUAAUGCUGUUCAUGUUUAUGCACCAAGGAGUCUCGCUCUCAUCUGCUGCUUUUGAGCUACACUUCGUGACGUCUAUUAUUGAGAGAAUGUAUUUUGUGAAACGCUUCAAAAGAACGAAACAUCUGUUUGAGCAGAGAUGCAAAUAAUUUAUUUCCCAUUAUGCUCUUUAUCACUUUAAAUAUUUCUACUCCACUCACAGACUAUUCUAUCAGUUGACCAUUCAAUGCAUUUCAUCUAUCACAAUCAAACUGAAUAUGUCUCAAUGGACCAAAUAAUAUGGAAGACACCCUCAGGUGUGAUAAUGUUGUGUAAACAAAUACAUAACAGUUUGGUUUAACAGACACAUGUUUGUUUUUGUCUGCCUGUGAAUGUCUCAGCCUUAAUGUGCACAUACCUUUUUUUUUUUUAAAUAUUUAUAACAUUUUGUUUCUUGUGUCACACUGUGAAUGUCUGGGGCGUUUUUUUUAAGAGGUCACCCUGUUUCCCUCCUGCUUUAACUC